AUGAUUGCUCGAAUCGAGAAAUUUGGAAGUUUGGAAGGAUUCGCAGAUAGUGAUAUACUCGAAAUGUUGAAAAUGAUGAAAGAGCUACUGGAACCUCUUCCAUGUCUCCUGGAACUUGUCGCCCCUGUCAUUGUAUUCGGUGAUAUUCAUGGACAACUGUCGGAUCUUUUAGAAUUUGUGAAACAAGUUGGUCGUCCACCAGAUUUCCAAUAUCUUCUUCUUGGUGACUACGUGGAUCGUGGCGAUAAAUCAUUAGAAACUGUCGUCUGGCUCUUUUGUAUGAAGAUUCUUUUCCCGAAGAAAGUACAUUUGCUACGUGGAAAUCAUGAAGUUCGACGUGUCAAUGCAUUGUAUGGAUUCAAGGAGGAAUUGGUUCGGAAACGGAAUGAUCAUAUGUGGAAAGUUUUCAAUGAUGUGUUCGCCGAGCUUCCGAUUUGUGCCAGUAUCAAUCGAAAAAUUCUUUGUAUGCACGGAGGAAUUUCAACAGAAAUCAAGAGUUGGCUAACGCUAUCUGAGAUGAGUAAAUCUCGUUUCCACAAAGACUGUGAAAAUGGAAUUGUUGUCCAAAUGUUGUGGGCGGAUCCGAAUCGAAACGAAGACAAAUGUCGAUUCAAUCGUCCACGUGGAAUAUCGAAUCUAUUCGGACAAACAGCAAUUGAAGAGCUCUGCACUGCACUUGACAUUGACCUAGUUAUCAGAGCACAUGAAUUGAAAGAUAAUGGAUACGCAUUUGAAUUCGAUAAUCAGCUUCUCACUGUAUUCUCGGCUCCAUAUUAUUCUGGAUGCAAUUCAAAUUCGGGUUCUGUUGUGACGAUCAGCAGAAGUUUGAAACUGAGAAUUGUGACAUUGAAACCGAUUAGAGGGCAUGAUUCGAUGGUUUUGGAGAGGCAGACGGCUGAGGAAUUCGAGGGAAACUUCCAACCAUUUAACGAUGAUCCACUGAAAACUGUUACUUGUCAAUACAAUAUGCCCAAAGAUCGAGAAAUGGAUCAACAUAUUGAUAGUCAUUCAAUGUUCGCUCAUGAAACGAAACACUGUAAAAAGCUUAACGAGGGACCGCUGAAACCGCUUGUCUGUGUGAAAACUGCUGAAGAGAAUACAGCAUUGGCGACAAUUCGCAAAACGAUGAAAGGAUAUGGAAUGGCGAUUAGUUUGAAAGAUGAAUCAAUGUCACUUGAAUCAAUUCGUCGUAAACUUGGAAUCACCAGUGGAAAGGAUAAGGAGAAGGAAAAGGAUAAAGAUAAGGAUAUUCUCCCUCCUCCGCCGCCGCCACCGCCGCCUGUAACACCUGUGAAAACGCCAACUCCUGAUCCUCCUGCAUCAUCUCCUCCGGUUCCACCUUCUCCACACAAUUCUGCUGAAUCUGCCUAA